GUCGAAAUAAUAGCUUGAUAAAAUUUAAAGUACUUCAAAUUAGUAAUGAGAACUAAAACUUUUGUGUGGCUAGCUUUGUGCUUUAUAACAGCAUUGUCUGUUGGACUAAUGGUUUUAGCGAUCUUGUUCUACGACUAUGAACAAUUUGAUAAAACGAAUGACUUUGAAGAUGAUUCAGUUAAGAUGAUCAAAAAAUCUGAAAACGCAUUUAUAUUGUUUUAUUCUCUGGAAGAUCCAAACUUUGGAUUUCAAAAUAGCUGGCAAAGUUUUCGAAUGAAAAUUCAAGAUUGGAAUAACACAAAUAUUGUAUACGUGGGAAAAAUUGAAUGCUCAGUUUUUCGUCCAACUUGUUUGAACUUUAGAGUCGAUCGAUAUCCAACAAUUGCUUGGAUAAAAAAUGGCAAAGUUGUUGAAGAAUAUGUUGGUGAUGACAUUUCUGAAAGUAUUAAGAAAUUCUUUGAUAAAUUAGUUACAAUUGUGACUGAACAGAAGCCUACAACAGGACAAAAAGUGGCUAGUUCAGUAAAUAUUGAUUCAUCUCCAAAAAUUUUACAAGGUGGCAGUUUCGAUAUCAUUAGAAGAUUUAUUGAAAAUGAAAAGGGACAGAAUAUCGUUUCAACAGUUUCCGCAAAGACAACUAAAGCUACAACUACUGUAAAUAAUGAAAACGUUAAAAAUAUGACAGAAACCAGUCAUACAGAAACAUCUACUUAUGGUUUCGAAACUGUCAAAACUACUGAGAAUAUCGAGAAUUCUACAAAAGCUUCUAUUAAAUCCGAUGUGAAAUUUGAAGACCAAAUAGAAGUGAUUACGACAAAAAGUAUAAGCAUAACUGAAAAAGUCAAAGAAUCUACUAAAUCAAUUAACAUUUCUUCUCAAGAACCAACUGAAACCACAAUUCAAAUUGAGACUUUUAAACCUUCUUUAUCAAUCCUCAAUUCAACAACAAUUGGAUAUGAAAACCAAACAGAGGCAUCAACUAUUGCAAACCAUGAAGAUUCAAGCUUUGAAAGUUCAACAAGCACAACAGAUGAGACAACAAUUGAUGAAAGUAGCUCAGAAUCAAUCAUCAUGACUAGACCAACUGAAACGCAAAGUUCAGAGCAAGAAAGCACAAAAGAAGAUGUUGAAACAAAUAAAAAUGAGUCAAAUGAUGAUGAAUCACCAGAGGACGAUGAUCCAUUUGGUCUUGGUGGUUUGUUUGGGAACAAUGAUGGUAAUAAAGCUGAGUAUGAAGGAAAUAGUGGAGUUGAUGAAAACAAUGAUACAGAAAACGAAGAGAACGAGGAUGAUCAAAAGUCAGUGGAGACUUCAGAAGUUCAGAAGUUUGAGAAGUCAAGCACUACAUCGUACCAAGAAAAGGACUAUAGUUCCGAAUCUGAAGAGAACCCAACAACAACAAAAUCUGUGGCAAAAUUUGAAGAAUCUAAGAAAAAGUCACAACCGGAAUCGAAGUAUCAAACAGAGUUGGAAUCAACAACUAGGAAACAUCAGUUAAUAGAAGAAAAGCAACAUGAGAAAUCUACAACUCCUACGUAUAAAUCUGAAGUUAAGGAAUACAAAAAAAAGUCAGAGAAUUGGAGGACUCAAAGGGAAACGGAAUCAACAACCAUAAAGAAGCAAUAUAGUGAAGAAAAGAAAAAGUAUGUUAAGGAAUCAAACAUUAAAAAAAUCAAAUCAGAGAGUAAGGAACAUAAAAAACACAGAGAAUUAUCUAAACACAAGGAAUCAAGACCAUAA